AUGGCUGAAAUCUUGUGCCGAGGAACCAUUCUCAUAUGCUCCACAAAACAUCCUCUCAAAGCAACCGCGCUUUCCUACCUUGGUUGGAUCCUGUUUCGUCGCUUCUGGGUUACCGGUUCUGCAGCGUCUCUCGAUGAAGCUAUCAAACAGCAGCGGCUAGCACUGACAGAACUUCAUCCCUCUCAAGCCCUUGAGAAACACCGACAUCUACGCUAUCUCGGCUCCUACCUUUUUCGUCAAUAUGAAGCCCUGAACGACCCUGGCGUUCUCGAAGAAUCACUGACAUUCACUGCCGAAGCUCUGCGACACUGCACAACAACACAUAUUGACAGGUCGAAGUCAGUCCAUGACAUGCUGCGGGCCAUAGUUCGUAAA